AUGAUGUAUGAUAAUUUGAAUGUGAUUUCAAUAUCAGAGUGCCCAAUUCCUGAUUAUAUCAUGCAAAUCUAUAAUUCAGGCGAAGAAUUAUGGAAGUCAUAUUGGAAAGAAAGUCCAAAUGAUGAAUUGACGCGUAUAUUGCGUCAAGAUAAUACUAAACCAAAUAUAGCAAGUAUAUAUCCAAAUUGUGAAAAACAGAUUCGAAAUUUUCAGAAUUCCAAUUAUGAAAUUACUGAACAAUUAAAAUCUUUUAAUGAUUUUUCAAAAAAUAUACAGAAUGAAGACAUGAAAAGUUCAAGCCCAUUAUAUAAAGCAGUCAAUUUCAUCAUUAAUAAUCAAAUCGAGGAAUUAAAAACAUUGAUAAACGAUGAUCCAAAUGUUUUGACGAGUGUUCUUUUAGAGAUUGCUGCCUUAAAAGGAAAUUCUGAAAUUUUCAGAUAUUUAGUACUUAAUAACAUAAGUGUUACGAAUACAACUUGCAAUUAUGCUAUUAUUUCAGGAAAUCAAGAAAUUAUUAGUCUGUUAGCAGAUUCAGGAUACGAUUUUGGUAAAGCUCUCUUAAUUGCUAUUGAAUAUCAUAGAAAUGAAAUAGCUGACUGGAUCAUUUCAAACUAUAAAUGUCCAUUAAUUGAUCCUUUGUUUUGUUUAGAAACAUUAAAUAUACAAGCGUUUUGCUUUUGCAUACACAACAAAAUUGGAAAUCCACUUAUUGCAUUAUUGGACAUUGGAUUAAUUGAUCUUGCUACCGGUGCAAUGAAUGACGGUUUUACAUUAGAUACAAACGACUUUAUUAAUUACAUUCAUUCAGAUUCAAAAGAAGUUGUUGAAUUCAUUCUUCAAAACAAAUCAAAAAUUUUCAGUUCAUGGGAUCCAAAACAGUGA